UUUUCCCUAGGACAUUUUAGAAAAUGACAGCUUCGCCACAGCUUGUAACAGGCACCCCGAUGCCCGAGGUGCCAAAGAAGUUUGCUUUAGAGGCAGCUGAUAUUGUUGUGGUUGUAAUCUACUUUGUGUUUGUGUUGGCAGUUGGAAUAUGGUCCUCAGUCAGAGCCAACCGUGGGACAGUGGGUGGAUAUUUCUUGGCAGGACGAUCCAUGACAUGGUGGCCAAUUGGUGCCUCCUUGAUGUCUAGUAACGUAGGCAGCGGCCUGUUCAUCGGAUUAGCAGGAACAGGAGCGGCAGGAGGAAUUGCAGUGGGUGGAUUCGAAUUGAAUGCAGUGUGGGUCCUCAUUGCCUUAGGCUGGAUCUUUGUGCCUGUGUAUAUUUCUGCUGGAGUCGUCACUAUGCCAGAGUAUCUGAGAAAGAGGUUCGGGGGUCAGCGCAUCAGAAUCUACAUGAGUGUGCUCUCUCUCAUUCUCUAUAUUUUCACCAAGAUAUCAACAGAUAUUUUUUCAGGGGCUUUAUUCAUCCAAGUAUCACUGGGAUGGAACCUGUACCUCUCUACUGUUGUCCUUCUUACUGUCACUACCCUCUAUACUAUAGCUGGCGGUCUGACGGCAGUAAUCUACACUGACGCCUUACAAACUGUUAUCAUGGUAGUAGGAGCUUUUGUCCUCAUGUUUAUAGCAUUCGACAAAGUGGGCUGGUAUGAGGGUUUGCUGGAUAAGUAUGAGAAAGCAAUACCUGCUAUCACAGUUCCUAACACCACUUGUCAUCUACCUCGUGGCGAUGCCUUUCAUAUCUUCAGAGAUCCAUUGACAGGAGACCUUCCCUGGCCGGGUCUGAUCUUUGGUCUCACGGUUCUGGCCCUGUGGGUAUGGUGCACAGACCAGGUGAUAGUACAAAGAUCUCUGUCGGCCAAAAACUUGUCCCAUGCCAAAGGUGGUUCGGUACUGGGUGGAUACCUCAAGCUUCUCCCUAUGUUCUUCAUUGUUAUGCCAGGAAUGAUCAGUAGAGCGCUCUACCCAGACGAGGUAGGAUGUGUGGAUCCUGAAGAGUGCUUAAGGAUCUGUGGGGCCAGUGUGGGCUGUUCCAACAUUGCAUACCCAAAGUUAGUCAUGGAACUUAUGCCAGUAGGUUUGAGAGGCCUGAUGAUCGCUGUAAUAAUGGCAGCACUCAUGUCCUCUCUCACCUCUAUAUUCAACAGUAGCAGCACGCUCUUCACUAUGGACAUAUGGCAGCGUAUCCGACCAUGGGCCUCAGAGAGAGAGCUCAUGGUGGUGGGCAGGGUGUUUAUUUUAUUGCUUGUGGCCUUGAGCAUUGUGUGGAUUCCAAUCAUUCAAACAGCCAACAGCGGACAGCUGUUCGACUACAUACAGGCCAUCACUAGCUAUCUGUCACCUCCCAUAACUACAGUGUUCAUCAUGGCCAUCUUCUGGGGACGGAUAAAUGAACAGGGGGCGUUCUGGGGUCUGAUGGUUGGACUAGUGGUGGGGACGGUGAGAAUGGUGAUGGAUUUUGUGUAUGGCACCCCGUCAUGUGGAGAACAAGACCUGCGUCCUGCAGUUUUAAAAGAUGUGCACUACCUGUAUUUUGCUCUUAUCCUGCUCGCACUGACAGCUCUGGUCAUCACAGUUAUCAGCCUUUGCACUGCUCCUAUUCCCAAGCAACACCUGAUUCGUCUGACCUGGUGGACAAGACACAGCAAGGAGGAACGUGUUGAGUUUGAAGACCCCUGGGCCAGAGGGUCCAAUCCAGCAACCUCCGAGCCCAGCAUCACAGAAGGGAUGGAUGGAUCCUCACCUGUGUGGUGGAAGCGUGCUGGAAUGUGGCUCUGUGGUAUCUCCAAUGUAGCAAAACCAGAGAUGGGUGUGGAGGAGCAGAAGGCUUUAGAAAAGAAACUCACCAAUAUUGAGGAACACCACACUUGGAAGAAUGUCUCCAAUAUCAAUGCCAUCAUUUUACUCACUAUCAAUGUCUUUCUUUGGGGGUACUUUGCUUGAAUAUACAAUAAACUAUUAAUGACACCUUAUUCAUUUAAACAUA